AGUCCAGCUUCCUAUCAAUGACUAUAUUAGCAGUUUUAUGUGACUUCUUCCUCCAACUCAUCACCAUCAACUCAGAAAAACAUCCUUCAAAUACACUCCCAUACUAAGAGACCAUGGCUAAGGGUGGGAAAGGCCCCAAGGGCAAAAAGAUCACCCUCAAUGUGGCCAAGAAUUGCAUCAAAAUCACCUUUGAUGGGAGAAAGCGCCUUGAUCUGAGCAAGAUGGGAAUCACCACCUUCCCCAAAUGUAUCCUGCGUCUCAAUGACGUGGAUGAGCUUGACCUUAGCAGGAACUUGAUCAGGAAGCUCCCAGACUCCAUUUCCAAGUUUCAGAACCUGCGAUGGCUCGACCUGCACAGCAACUACAUCGACAAGCUCCCUGAGUCCAUCGGGCAGAUGACCUCCCUGCUUUAUCUCAACGUCAGUAACAACAGGCUGACCACAAAUGGGCUGCCCGUGGAGCUGAACCAGCUCAAGAACAUCCGCACAGUGAAUCUGGGUCUCAACCACCUGGACAGCGUGCCCACCACAUUGGGGGCAUUGAAGGAGCUCCAUGAGGUCGGACUACAUGACAACCUGCUGAAUACCAUUCCUGCCAGCAUCUCUAAGCUCCCAAAGCUGAAGAAACUCAAUAUAAAGAGGAACCCCUUUCCAAAGGCAGAUGAAUCAGACAUGUUUGUAGACUCCAUCAAAAGGCUGGAAAACCUAUAUCUGGUAGAGGAGAAGGAUCUGUGUACAUCUUGUGUGCAAAAAUGCCAACAGGCCAGGGACAAAUUAAACAAAAUCAGAAGCAUGGCUCCUACAACACCAAGAAAAGCCAUCUUUUCCAACUUGGUUUCACCCAACUCAAUGGCAAAGGAUUCCCAGGAAGACUGGAGGUGACCUGGGACCCUGACCCUGAGGCGGGA